AUGGCAGGAACAACCUCCGGGCCCAGCCAUUCUACCGCUGGUAAAGCUGUUAGCCUUCAAGAUAUUGGUGAUGUGGAUGGAUCGGAAACUAGUUCAGACGAUGACAGCAUGUUCGCCGUGGAUGGAGCUGCGGACAGGGUGAGUAAGCGCUGGGGAAAACCUGUCACAGCCAUAUUCAUACACGCUGGAGCCGGCUACCACAGUACGGCAAACGAAGAGCAUCAUCUCAAAGCCUGUAGCGAAGCUGCUCGUGUGGGUAUGAAGGCACUAAAGGCUGGGCGUCCAGCUACUGAGGCCGCCGAAGCAGCUCUCGUGGUUCUCGAGAACAAAGAGAUAACCAAUGCUGGCUACGGCAGUAACUUAGCAAUUGAUGGCACCGUCGAGUGUGAUGCUACUAUAGUUGAUCACUUUGGCCGCAGCGGAGCCUGCGGCGCCGUACCAAACGUGAAGAAUCCCAUCAGUCUAGCAAGGAUGAUUCUCGAAAGUAGCAACAAGCCACUAUCGCUUCGCCGUGUGCCACCUAACCUCCUUGUCUGCGAGGGAGCCAGAGAUUUCGCUAGAGACUCCGGUAUGAUGCUAGUGGGCAACGACGAUCUAAUAUCCAAAAAUGCCCGCGAUCGGUUUGUUCGAUGGCGGGAUGACAUGAGGCGAGCGGAAAGCCACGAUAUUCAGGCGAUGGCAACAAGCCGUAGCGAGAUGGUGCCGCAAUACGACCAAGACCCCCGUAAGGAGCACACGAAAGCUCUUCUGACGGGAACAUGGAACGAAGGGCAGCCAGACUCCCCAACUUCGGCUUCUCCAUGGCUAAGCCCACAGAAUCGUCAGUCACCCGUGCCGACUACCCAAUCAACGGAGACAGCUCAGAUUUCUCCCAAACCUACUCCGGAACGCAGCCCACUCAGCUUUUUGGGUGCCUCUCUGCCAUACAAGCGACACCGCUUUCUACCGCCUCACAGCGAUGAAUACACGGAUGGAUGCAUGAGUCCAGGUCGAUCGUCCAUACCCUCCCACGACGGGGCUAGUGAUGAGGUAGACCCUAUAGCCCCAAUUCCUUACGGCCUACGACGAUCCAAUGUCUCUCAAUUAGCUAAUUCUGAGUAUGCUAUUAAUAUGGGGCGUGAUGACCAUAUUACAGACACAGUAGGUGCCAUUGCUAUCGACCAGCUGGGCCACAUAGCAGCUGGCUCAUCGUCAGGCGGCAUCGGCAUGAAGCACCGAGGACGGAUCGGGCCAGCAGCAUUAGUGGGUGUAGGCACAGCCGUUGUUCCCGCUGACAGCCGCGACGCUGAUGCGGUGACGGUAGCGGCAGUGACCAGCGGUACCGGCGAGCACAUGGCUACGACCAUGGCCUCGCAGCGAUGUGCCGAGCGCCUCUACCAUGGUAGCGUGCGUGGCGCAGACGGUCGAGACGUACCCGAGGAUGACGAGAACGCGAUCCUCGAGAGUUUCAUCCUCAACGAUUUCCUCGGGCACCCUGGAGUUCGGGAAUCGACGUCCACAGGCGCCAUCGGCGUAAUGGCUGUCAAGAAGACGCCCGGCGGCUACUAUCUGUAUUUCGGACACAACACCGAGUCGUUCGCCCUGGCGUCGAUGGGAUCGAACGACCAGAGCCCCUCGUGCACCAUGUCGCGGAUCAACGAUGGCGGGAGCCCUAUCGCACAGGGCGCUCGCAAGAUUUUCAUCUGA